UGCAGUGCGUCCUGUCACAUCUGGCCCCGCCCCGUCUCAUUCCUAACUUCGCUCCGCUCUACUUUCUGUUUAGCUGUGAUUUGAUUGCCUGGUCUCUGCUCAGCUAUGCGGUUCGGUGUGGGAAUGGGAACACCUCGCCCUGCGGCAUUACAGGCUUUUCCGCUCAUCUUCACCAACUGAAAGCUGCGUUGUCGUCGCUCCCCAGGCUGGAAGAUGUCUGCUGGCUUCCCUGCUCUACAGCCACUUUAGGAAGGAACCCCCACCCCACGGACACGGAGCCUCGUCGGGAGGAAGACUGGCGCCGUGGUCCUGCUUUGGCUGUUGAUGUUCACAGGAGUUGGGCCCUGCCUCUUGAAGACGGAGCUGCACGGCAGGACAGCCGUGCUCUGGACGGUUUAUGUGAAUUAAAACAGCAUGUUUGUCGUGCCAGUUAACGGUGUUAACGGGCAGGAGAUGCCCUCUGGCUAGCAGCGCUAACUUAUCUUGAAAGGUGCUAGAUUGCAAACAAGAGAUAACGUAGCAUUUAAGUGGGCAAAACAAUAUCUACAUACUAGCCACUGUUUUUACCCAGAGUAAUAUUUUAUCACAGUAUGAAACAGAAGCUAGCUUGUUGGUAAAAAUUUUGCCUCAAGCUGUUUUGCACUCGACGUCUAGCUAGCUAGCAGCUUUCGCCAGUAAAAUAACAAAUGCUCACUCAUUAUUUGACACAGGAGACUAAAGGUACUGUUUACUAUUGAUACACACCUCGAAAAGAUAUUUUUAGACCGACUACCAUUCAUAAAAGGCGUCUCUUGUUGAAUUAAAUACCACAUCUUAGCCGCAUGAGACGACCAGCUUUACGACUCACUAGUUGGUGACAAACAAGGACGUUUUUAUUGCUGUUGCUGCUUAAAAAUAAAAAAAAAAAGCCACGGAAUUUGCCCCUUGCUUUAAAAAAAAAAAAAAAAAAAAUUAAUUCACAACCUGUUGACCAUGGAGGGGAAUGUACAGCAACAAAAAAUAACUCCUUUGGCCCGGGAAUUGCAGAGAACAUUUAGCAGCUACAACAAGCACUCAAUACAGCUGAAGAAGAACUUGAAGGAAACCAAUAUAUUCUUCAGAGAAAUAAGGCAAAACUACAGCAAUGCAUGUGCAGCAACCAUAAGCUCAGACUCGGCUUCUCUGGAGGCAGGCCAGAUUAGCUGCAUCUCUUUCCCUACCCAUGAGGAAGAGUUCCUGCGCAGCACUGUGGGAGCUGCCUCGUACAUCCUGGUGCUUGGCCAGGACUGCGCUGCCCGCUACCAGCUGCUCAACUGCCUUCUGGGGGAAAGGCUGCUGCCUCUGGGAGCAGAGGCCGGAGAAGCCUGCGGGGGGGUCCAUGGCAUUGUCUGCAAGAGGAGGAAGCUGUGUUUCACUCACGGGAGACAGACGCGGCUCAGCUUGGCGCUGCCCGGCCAGUAUGAGCUGGUGCAUCAGUUGGCUGCUAACCGCGGACGCUGGGAUACGGUUCCCAGGGAGGACCUGGAAAUCCAUGAGGAGUGUGAGGACCCGGCCCACAGACUAGCAGAGCUGGAAAUCACCCUGCAUCACCCUCUGCUUCAGGAAACAAAAGUCAUGGUGGUCCCCUGUCCAAGUGUCCAGCCUAUAGAAGAGGCCCUAGAAGACUGCACUCGCAACAUAAUACCUGUCAUACUCUACGCCAUCAACCAGGACUCUCUCAGCUCGGAGCAGGUGGCCGAGCUCCGGAAGGUCAAAGAGAUGCUCCCAUUUCCCAUUUGCUUUGUCCGUAUCCCCGCCUCCACACUAGCAGCCUCCCCAGAAUCCAGCCGCCGGGCGGAGAAGGAGAGGGAGAAGAGCGGCCUGCACAAACAGUUGCUCUCACUCGGCUUCUUGAAUAAUCAGACUGGACACUGUUCCUGUGGAGCCCCAACGCAGAUUUCCACCCCGGGGGCUAAACCCCAAAGCAUGCUGGGCGAAUCUUUCGAAAGAUUGCAUCGACUGCUGGUGCCGUUUGCUCGCCAAGUUCUCCAGAACCAACAAGUAGAGGCUGCCAACCUGCUUAAUGGGCUUCACUGUCGAUGUCUCGACCUUUUCAUCAACCAGGCCUUCGACAUGCAGAGGGACCUGCAGAUAACUCCCCGCAGGCUGGAGUACACUCGUGAGAAAGAGGGGGAACUCUUCAACUCCCUGAUGGCCAUCGCUAACCGAAAACAAGAAGAGAUGAAGGAGAUGAUUGUGGAGACCCUCAGCAGCAUGAAGGAGCAGUUACUAGAGGAUGCAGCCAACCUAGAGUUUACAGACAUCAUUGUAACUACCAACGGAGAGCCUGUUACGUCAAAGGAAAUAAAAUCCUGCAUCCACUUGAUCCAGGAGCUGAUAGUGGUGCGUUUGAAUCAGGCGGUGGCGAAUAAGCUGAUCAGCUCAGUGGACUAUCUGAGGGAGAGCUUUGUGGGAACUCUGGAGCGGUGCCUCAACAGUCUGGAGAAGUCCAGCUAUGAGUCCUCUGUGCACAAUGUUACUUCUAAUCAUCUAAAACAGUUACUUAAUGCUGCCUAUCAUGUGGAGGUCACCUUUCACUCAGGAUCCUCAGUCACAAGACUUGUCUGGGAGCAAAUCAAACAGAUAAUCCACAGGAUUACGCUUGUAAACCCUCCUGCCAUCACAUCUGAGUGGAAGCGAAAAGUCGCCCAGGAUGCUAUAGAAAGUCUCAGCGCUGCCAAACUGGCCCGGAGCAUCUGCUCCCAGUUCAGAACCCGGCUGAACAGUUCUCAUGAGGCGUUUGCAGCAUCUUUACGCCAGCUGGAAGAAGGUCACACCGGCCGUCUGGAGCGCACCGAGGACCUGUGGCUGCGCGUGAGGAAGGACCAUGCCCCUCGGCUGGCUCGGCUGUCUUUAGAGAGCCGCUCCCUGAGGGAUGUGCUGCUGCACGGCAAGCCUAAGCUUGGGCGGGAGUUGGGCCGAGGCCAGUAUGGAGUGGUGUACCUUUGUGAUAGCUGGGGAGGACACUACCCAUGUGCCCUGAAGUCUGUGAUUCCUCCUGACGAUAAACACUGGAACGACUUGGCUUUAGAGUUUCACUACACAAGGUCCCUGCCCAAGCAUGAGCGGCUGGUCGACCUGCACGGCUCUGUGAUUGAUCACACCUACGGAGACGGCUCCAGCAUCGCAGUGCUGCUUAUCAUGGAGCGACUGCAUCGAGAUCUCUACACCGGGUUAAAGUCCGGUUUGUCACUAAGAGAGAGGCUGCAGAUCGCCUUAGAUGUGGUGGAGGGGAUCCGGUUCCUGCACAGCCAGGGUCUCGUACACAGAGACAUUAAACUAAAAAAUGUUCUGUUGGACAAACAAAAUCGUGCAAAGAUCACUGAUCUGGGCUUUUGCAAACCAGAGGCCAUGAUGUCUGGCAGCAUUGUUGGGACUCCCAUCCAUAUGGCUCCAGAGCUGUUUACAGGAAAGUAUGAUAACUCAGUUGAUGUGUACGCCUUCGGGAUCUUGUUCUGGUAUCUCUGCACUGGUUCAGUGAAGCUUCCAGAAGCCUUUGAGAAAUGCUCCAGCAAGGACCAUCUGUGGAACAACGUCAAAAAAGGUUCCAGACCGGAACGGCUGGCCACUUUCGACGAAGAAUGCUGGCAGCUGAUGGAGGCCUGCUGGAACGGGGACCCUUCCCUCAGACCCCUGCUCGGCAUCGUGCAGCCCAGCCUGCAAAGCAUCAUGCAUCGGCUAUGCAAUUGCAGCUUGGAGCAGAAAAGCAGCAGCCUUGAGGACUCAAACUGAAAACACUCCAAACUAACAGAAGCCUGUCUUUUGUUGUAUUUAUGAAGAACGGAGCUGAGCGGACCGAUGACAGGUGACCAGCUUGUUCACCGGUGGUGGAUUAGUGUUAUUUAUGAGGAGCUGAUGGAAACCAAGAGCGUGCAAAUGUAUUUUAUUGUUCGUGCUUUGUAAUUGUAGACAAACUCCACACUAUGCUUUUCUCAUUGUAGUUACAGUGCUAAUUGCUGCUUCAACAUUGAAAUGCUACUAGAUGCAAAUUCUUUUAAAAAGUAGUUUGUUCCCAGUAUUAUAAAAAAAUAUGUGUAAGAUUAAUUUUAGAUUGUAUUUAAACUGUCUGCACCUAUUCAAAAACAUUUUUUUAAAAUAAAAUGAGCUGUUACAACAA